AUGGCCAGCCUCGUUCGUCUCGCUCUCUACCUGGGAGCUUUCUUGCCCGCCGCUCUUGGUGCACCCACCGCACCAAGCAAGCGUUCAGACGAGAUCCCCGGAAAAUACAUCGUCACCCUCAAGUCCACUGCUUCUGUUGCUAAGGUCGAGUCUCACCUUCAGUGGGUUGGCGACGUUCAUCGCCGCAGCCUUUCCAAGCGUGAGACUGCUGGUAUCGAGCAUAAGUUCAACAUUAAGAACUGGAAUGCCUAUGCUGGACAGUUUGAUGAGGAUACUAUCAAGGAGAUUGAGGCCAGCCCUGAGGUUGCUUUCGUCGAGCCCGAUAAGAUUGUCAGACUCAGCUACGAGCAGCCCAGCGAGCUGUCUGCUAGGGCCUUGACUACCCAAUCGGGAGCUCCCUGGGGUCUUGGAACGAUCUCCCACCGCACCUCUGGCUCUACCAGCUACAUCUAUGAUACAUCUGCUGGCGAGGGUUCUUACGCCUACGUCGUCGACAGUGGUGUUUUGAUCUCCCACUCUCAGUUCGGCGGUCGCGCUGUUGCAGGAUACAGUAUCUUCUCGGGAGCUAACACCGACACCCUUGGACACGGCACUCACGUUUCUGCCACCAUUGCCGGCUCCACCUAUGGUGUUGCUAAGAAGGCCAACAUUGUUUCCGUUAAGGUUUUCCAGGGAGCUGAGGGAACUGACUCUGGUGUCCUCGCUGGUUUCAACUGGGCUGUGAACGAUAUCACCUCCAAGGGCCGCGCCGGCAAGGCCGUUAUCAACCUUUCUCUUGGUGGUGAUGCUUCUCAAGCUUGGGUCACUGCUAUUAACGCUGCCUACAACUCUGGUGUCCUGUCUGUUGUUGCUGCCGGCAACGGUGAUGAGGACGGCAACCCUCUCCCCGUGUCUAGCCAGUCCCCUGCCAAUGCACCUAACGCUAUUACUGUUGCUGCUCUCACCUCUGCCUGGAGACCUACUUCGUUCACCAACUACGGCGCUGGUGUUGAUAUCUUUGCUCCUGGCCAAGGCAUUCUGUCCGCCUGGAUCGGCUCUAACACCGCCACUAACUCCAUCAGUGGAACCUCUAUGGCUUCUCCCCACGUUGCUGGUCUUGCCCUUUACCUCAAGGUCCUCGAAGGUCUUACCACCCCUGCUUCUGUGGCUAGCCGUAUCAAGGCUCUUGGCACCUCUGGAAAGAUCACCGGCACACUCUCUGGCAGCCCUAACCUGAUUGCCUACAACGGAAACGGCGCUUAA